CGACGACUCGUUAUUGUCAAUAUUGUCUCGUAAAAAUUGUCAAAGUGGAAAUUAUGACAGCAAAAUUAAUAUCUUGCACUGAAUGUGUGAAUGGUUGUGCAAAACGAAUUGCUGCAGUUUUUGUGAGCGUGUGCCUCGCAAGGAAUUACUGUAUGAUAACAUCUUAAACUUUAGUGGUGAUAUUAUUUUAUCUUACUCUUGGACAGUAAUAAAUUCUCUCUCACACACACACACACACACACACACACACCCCUGAACUGAGCUUCUCUACCUUUGGUGGUUUUUUAAAUCCUCAUUGUCCCAUUAUUCUCAGUCCUAUGACAGAUGUGGUUUCAGUUUUAAGGAGUGUAAUGCAUACAAAUAAUGGCUGACUGAAAAAAAUAUGUAUUUGCACAGCAAAGGUCUGUCAUACCAUCCCGGGUGUACCCCACCCUUGUGCCCUGUCCUGUCUUCUUCAUGUCUGACCAGGAUAAGUGACUCUGUAGUCCCCUUUGCAACUUCAAAUCCUCCCUCGUUCAUAAGUCCUUCAUUACAACUUAUGUCAUAUUUCAUUACCCGGCCUCUAUAACAAUUUUCUAAAGCAACCCUGAAGAAGUCUGCGUGUUUAUCUGAAUGUGAGCGAAAACACUUGUAAAAAGAUGUAUUUUAAGUUUGCUCGUUAAGUUUGUAUUUCUUGUCGGGUCGAAUCGGGCGGAGCGGGAGGGUGAGGGAGUGCAAUGCGAUGCCGGGCAGUAAAAUUUGCCGACCAGUUGGUGUGGUAUACUUUCUUGCCGGGCAAUUUAACCUCCACUGAAUAGCGGAAGGACAGGUUCUCGGGACAUUAGGCGUUAUUCACGGUAUCUGGGAGCCGCUGUCAAUUUGGGGAAGACUCCUGGACCUGCCCGGACACGUUGGAUUAAGUUGCUUACUUCUUACUUAAUUGUGAUCGUUUCCAAAGUCGAAGAAGAUGCCCGGGUGGCCUUAUAUCUGCACAGCACACACGUUUCAGUGGAUGCGUUUCAAUGCAGCUACGCAAAUUGAAUUCUUCCUUUUCUCUUUAUGCUCUCUGCUGAGUGCUGGGUUUAACCGGGUUCUUUCUUACGUAAUGAAAGGCAUAAAGUCUGUUUAUAAAUUAUAUAUAUUACAUUAACUGUUUUAUUAAACAGACUUAAACCUUUCCCUCAUCCGAAAGGGAGAUUAAUGUACAUUGUUAAGGACUUACAGUGUUCUUUCUUUUAAGUAUCACGUAUGCCUGAGCUGCCGGGUCAUAAGGCCGGUUGAGGCGCCCACUAAAGCGCCCCUGCGCUGCUCCUCGCCCUGCACACGGCCAGUCUGCUCAGGCAGCCGACGAGAUUUAUGUGCGCUUUACAUCACUAUGUCAUCUGAAAGAAUUAACUGAAAUGAUUCAUCACCGUGACUGUAACUGCAAGCUCAUGUUCACAAAUUAAUUGCCUAAAAAUAACUUAAUUGUUUAUUCUUCAUAAGCAUUUUUUCAACGACAAUAAUAAUAAUAUGACGAAUGGCAUUUUUAAAUAAAAUGUUCAGGAACGUCUUGCACAAACUGUGUAAGAACUCUCCCGUUACUUAACAUGCCAUGUUGCCAUGACAUCUGAAAUGCAUGCAGGACAUGCGAGAACUGACUAGCUAAUGGUUGGCUUUCUUAGAUAUAGGAGGAGUUAAAGAUGAGUUUGUGGUCUUUAAGCAGCAACCGUCACUUCAGUUUGCUGGAUGUUUUCCUAAGGAUGUCUACAGUUAUAAUUUCAGACUGCAUUCGAAUUAAAUUGCUUUGUGAAUCAUUGACAAAUCAGCAUAUAGCCGUCAGAAAGCAAUUCUGAAUACGCUUAUAUUAGAAUAUACGAACGAACGAAGAGGGUAAAGAGCAGCAUCACAGAAAAACACUCCCCCCGAAGAAAUGCGUGUCGAGUAUCCUGGGAAUAUUAUUGUAUAAUACCGAGGACUGAAGUGAGUCCAUAGAAAUAACCGCCCAGUGCGUCGUUCGCCGAACAAGUUUGUUGCGUUUCGUUCGCACACGUCUUAGAGUUGGACAUUCAUCGCAAAUCUAAGCGUGACGUAUAGAAGUAAUUAGAAUUUAACCAGCGUCAUGAACAACUGGGGGAAAGUCGCGCUGAUGAAUCAGAGAGAACAGGACGCGAACAUCACAUCGCAACUCACUUUCCUUAUGAAACACCUGGAACACAGCGCUGUUCCCAUGAACAGCUUGGAAAAUGUCACCUACAACUUCUCCAUAGGCGACCAGAACUCCACAACGUGCGCCCAGAUCAUGAUCCCCCACGAAUUGUUUUUCGCCCUGGGUCUGAUAAGCUUGAUAGAAAACAUUUUCGUAAUACUAGCCAUCAUCAAGAACAGAAAUUUGCAUUCCCCUAUGUAUUACUUCAUUUGCUGCCUAGCUGUGUCCGACAUGCUGGUCAGCGUUAGCAAUGUGGUAGAAACUAUGUUUAUGCUGGUCACUGAGUACGGACUCUUGGUUGUCACACCAAGCAUGAUGGAACACUUGGAUAACGUCAUUGACAUCAUGAUCUGCAGUUCAGUGGUGUCCUCCUUGUCUUUUCUGAGCACUAUAGCAGCUGACCGCUACAUCACAAUUUUUUACGCGCUGCGUUACCACAGCAUCAUGACCAGUCAGCGCGCUGUGGCUGUCAUUGCCAUCAUCUGGACGGCGAGCACCGUGUCCAGCACCCUGUUCAUUGCAUACCACAACGACAACGCCGUCAUUGUGUGCCUUGUCACUUUCUUCUGCAUUACGCUGAUCUUCAACGCCGCCCUGUAUCUGCAUAUGUUCAUCACGGCUCACUUGCACUCCCGGCGCAUAAUCGCCUUCCAGAAGAGUCGCCGCCAGGCCACCAGUAUGAAAGGCGCCAUCACCCUGACCAUCCUUCUGGGCGUGUUUAUCAUGUGCUGGGGUCCGUUCUUCCUGCACCUCAUUCUCAUUCUUACGUGCCGGAGCUGUACCUGUUUUUUCAGCUACUUCAACGUCUAUCUGAUCCUCAUCAUUUGCAAUUCACUCAUAGAUCCACUCAUUUACGCGUACCGCAGCCAGGAGCUGCGCAAAACCCUGAAGGAACUGGUGAUAUGUUCUUGGUGUUUCACUAUUUGAGGCGAAACACACCGACGGAAGACGGAAAUGUGCCUCUAUAUCGUGCCAACAAAAUGACCCGAUUUACACGGAAAUUCUCUAUACGCCAGGGAGGAAAAGAGAGAAACAAACCAUUCUU